AAUAAAAUAUAAACGGAUAAAUGGUGCAUGAUAGUGUACGGUGGUGUGGAAAUUGAAGCCCUUUAAUCGUCGCAAGAAGGAGCUUGCCCCAGCGAACAAUUUUGAAAUUGCAAAAAUUCUUUGCGCGCGGCGUGUACCACCCUUUGCGGCAGUAGCAGGCUCUGACGUCACGGGAUACGUUGGGAGGUUGCGAGAGAGAUGGAAGGAGCGCCACUAUCGCGGACAGUCAGUCUCCCCGUCAGUUUUUCCGGCUGCUAAAAUCUCGGUGACGCCAUAUUGUCCGUGGUCGCGCGCGCGUGUGUUUAUAUUCGGUUUUUCCGCGUAAUUCUGUCGUGUCGUUAUCGUCUGUCAUCGUGAUUGUGGUAGUGGUGGUAGUGAUCGUCAUCGUCGUUGUCGUCCCUGUCGCGUACUCGUCUGAGCUUGCGUUUGUUUUUUUUGUCGUUUGUUUGAACCCUCGAACGAACCCCUGUUAAAGCAGACGAUUCGUGUUUCAGCGUCUCGGUGUGCGGGUUUUCGAACGCGCUCCAAAGCUCCCAAAAGCCCAAAGACCGAGUAGAAAAAGAAGGGGAAAAGGAAGAGAGAGGAGAGAAAGAAAAACGUGUACAUCAAUAUUGAGGCUUCGAACUCGAGUGUUGUCCGGAGACGGGAGAAAAAAGAAUCAAACUCGAGAGUAUAUAAUCAGGAGCUUGUCGAAUACGUUUGAAAUAUUCAAAUCAAUUGUUCGAAGAAAAAAGCAAAGAAGCAAGUGUGUCGUGCGCGUGUUAUAAAAUCAUUUCGAUUGGCAAUAAUCGCGAGUGCGCGAGUUGUACGGUGUGUGAUUGUGUUUUUUUUUUUUUUUUUAAUUCUUUUUCAUCGCGAUAUCCUCGACAGUGGUGAUUUGACACACGUUAUUUCGUGCUCCUUGACAAGCGCAUAUAUACGCGUGUAUGUGUGCGCGUAGCUAGUACUGGUUCCUCGCACUCGGUGCAUCUUGCCGUUCGACUCUGCAGAGGCUUCAAGGAUUUCCCUACUGGGUAUAACCGAUAAUCGACUGGAAAAAUGCCCGUCCGUAAACAAGGUGGUGAGUGCCUCUACAACGUUCAGGAGAUAGUGUCCAAGGUUAUUGGAGCUCAUCCUCGAUCGCGGAUAAGUUGCAGCGCAGAAGCUCAUAGGGCUCUCGAAUUACUGGAGGACUACCAUGCGAAACUUACAAGGCCCCAGGACAAGCAGCUUCGACUAGCCAUCGAGAGGGUCAUUAGAAUCUUCAAGAGCAGACUUUUCCAGGCACUCCUAGAUAUUCAAGAGUUCUACGAGCUAACCUUAUUGGAUGAAUCAAAAUCGGUCCAACAGAAGACCGUGGAGACGAUUCGCAUAGCGGACAAGUGGGAAGCGAGCGAUGGACCGAUCACACCGACUUUCGCACAAAACGACGGAGGUCCAGCUUCCGCCUUUCCGUUGACCCAGACUCUGUUGAACAUUUACGGUCGCAGAUCGGCCAGUCCUGAUGACCCCAUACACAAUGACCACAAUCAGAAAACGAGAUAUAGCAACGCAGGCGUGGAAGAACAAGUACCACCUCCGCCAUCUCCCCCGUUAGUCAAAGAAACUGUGCAUCUCGAUGGUGCGUCAAGACCAAAUUCGGCGGAGAAAAUCCUCCAUCCGGAAGGAGCGCAGCAUAUUCUCGCGAAUCAUGAGACGUUGAACAAGAGUCACGACAGCUGGCAAGGCCACGACAGCGAUCAGGCACACACACCACUUCUCGCUGCGGACACGAGACACGCUAACGGCGACGAUGAUUGGGAGUACGAGGAGAUCGUUCUCGAAAGGGGCGGCGCAGGGCUCGGUUUCAGUAUCGCCGGUGGUACUGACAAUCCGCACUUUGGCAACGACACGGCGAUCUACAUCACGAAACUCAUACCCGGCGGUGCGGCAUCCGCGGACGGUCGCCUGCGGGUCAACGACACGAUACUUCAGGUCAACGACGUGACCGUUGUCGAUGUACCGCACGCGAGUGCCGUCGAUGCACUCAAGAGAGCCGGAAACACUGUCAAACUCUACGUGCGGAGACGGCGUCACACGCAACUUAUCGAAAUCGAACUGAUAAAGGGCAACAAAGGGCUGGGCUUCAGUAUCGCAGGUGGAAUCGGAAAUCAACACAUACCCGGUGACAAUGGGAUAUACGUCACGAAAAUUAUGGACGGUGGGGCCGCCCAGGUCGACGGUCGACUCGUCGUCGGUGAUAAAUUGGUGGCUGUGAGAAAUGCACUGGGUGAUAAAAACUUGGAAAACGUGACACACGAGGAGGCGGUAGCGACGCUGAAAGCGACUCAGGAUCGGGUUGUUCUGUUGGUUGCCAAACCGGAAGGAACAUUGCCACCUCCGCCACCAACCUCGGACCAUUCUGUUUCACCCCAACCACGGAAACAAAAUGGUUCGGUUUCAGCGCUGGAGAACAGCACGUUGACGUACUCGCAAGAGUCACGUCACGCUUCCUCGUUGGCCCUCCACGGGACUGCAACACCACGAGCCGUUUCUCAAGAAGACGUAUCACGAGAAGUUCGCACGGUGAUUUUAAACAAGGGUACAUCGGGUUUAGGCUUCAACAUCGUGGGUGGUGAGGACGGUGAAGGAAUUUUCAUAUCCUUCAUACUAGCCGGUGGUCCCGCUGAUCUCAGCGGUGAAUUACGUCGCGGCGAUCAAAUACUAAGUGUUAAUGGAAUUAAUCUCAGAACCGCUACUCACGAGGAGGCUGCGGCCGCCCUCAAGGGUACCGGCCAGACAGUGACCAUUGUGGUUCAGUACAAGCCCGAAGACUACAACAGAUUCGAAGCCAAGAUUCAUGAUCUUAAACAACAAAUAUCUCAGCAGAAUAUGACGACAGGCACCCUCAUGAGGACUUCACAGAAAAAAUCUCUCUAUGUGAGGGCUCUGUUCGAUUACGAUCCAAACAAAGACGACGGUCUACCGAGUCGUGGGUUAGCGUUUCGAUAUGGCGAAAUAUUGCACGUUACGAAUGCCAGCGACGACGAAUGGUGGCAAGCGAGAAGAGUUACCCCGCAGGGUGAGGAAGAAGGAUUAGGUAUAAUACCAUCACGCAGACGAUGGGAACGUAAGCAAAGGGCACGAGAUCGUUCCGUCAAAUUUCAAGGGCACAUGCCAGUCAUACUGGACAAGGUAGGAGGAUCGCAAUCGACCCUCGAUAGAAAGAAGAAAAACUUUUCCUUUAGCAGAAAAUUCCCCUUCAUGAAGAGCAAAGAUGACAAGUCCGAGGAUGGCUCUGACCAAGAACGGUCGCCCACCACACCCGAGAAUGAAAACGAUCCUACGCCAUUCAUGCUUUGCUACACCCAGGAUGACACCAAUACCGAAGAUUUGUCUUGCGCAACAGGAAGUAAAGAAAUUUUAUAUCGUGUUGAACUUCCCUAUAUGGAGGAACUGACUUUAGUUUAUCUGGAAAAGGAGGGUGAUGAGAAUAAUGACGAGCUUAGUAGCGAAGAGAAUGUACUGUCGUACGAAGCGGUUCAACAACUCACGAUUCAGUACACGCGUCCAGUUAUAAUUCUUGGACCUCUCAAGGAUCGCAUCAAUGACGAUCUAAUUUCCGAGUUUCCCGACAAAUUUGGCAGCUGCGUACCACACACGACGAGAAGUAAAAGAGAAUACGAGGUGGAUGGUCGGGAUUAUCACUUCGUCGCCUCGAGGGAGCAAAUGGAACGUGACAUACAGAAUCAUCUUUUCAUUGAAGCCGGACAGUACAAUGAUAAUUUGUACGGAACGUCGGUUGCCUCGGUCCGUGAAGUCGCUGAAAAGGGCAAGCACUGUAUUCUUGAUGUCAGCGGAAAUGCAAUCAAGAGGUUACAAGUUGCGCAAUUGUAUCCCAUAGCGAUUUUCAUUAAACCGAAAUCCACGGAAUCCGUAAUGGAAAUGAAUAAACGUAUGACGGAGGAACAAGCGAAGAAAACGUACGAACGAGCACUCAAGAUGGAACAAGAAUUUGGCGAAUAUUUCACCGCGGUCGUGCAAGGUGACACCCCUGAAGAUAUUUACGUUAAAGUGAAGUCAGUAAUUGGCGAGCAAUCGGGACCGAACAUUUGGGUACCGUGUCGUGAUCAGCAACUGUGACGUCCUGCCCCCCAUGUUAAUCCGAGUCCUAACGCUUGGACCCUACCUCCGAGACGCAACGAGUAACAAGUUUUUUGCGCGUCGCUUAAUUACUCAACGAUGAAAAAUAAAAAAGGGGAAAAGGCUUAAGAAAACAGAAGAGAAUAUAGGUGGAGAGGAAGAGAAAAGGGAAGAAGACAGAAGAGGAAACACUGUGAACGCUUUUCCUCCGUUUAUGUAGAAUAUCGUCGUAGCAAAUGAAACGGAAUGGAACGACGGGACGAAGAAAAAAUCGUUAGCUGCAUAAUUCAAAACCACACUCUCAAUUGCCAAGGGAAUUUGGCGAAAAACUGGAAAAUCUCGAAAGUUUGACGGGAUGAUGAUUCGUGUUUAAAAAAGUCGAUAAAAUAAUUCCGCAUUGUUCUCAAAAAUUAUAGCGACUGACCACGGUACGUGGGUCUUUUAACACGCGUUAUUAUCCCGGAUAAGGCCGACGAGAUGAGUGGAGCAGUAAUGGUCGCGAGGGUGUGGAAACAUAAUAGAAUUUCCGAAAUAUUUUAAGCUUCUUUCCCAAUCGUUUAUUUAUCCCGGAGGCUUGAACUCUCAAAUUUGCAAAACACCCCGAUGCCGAUGGCUAAAUUGCUAAUUGCUGACCAUUCGUCGACGCUGCUGUUUUUAUUUGAACUUUUGUCUCAGAACGAUGAGUCGAUGCAAGGAAAUUGAGAGAAUAAAACAGAGCAUAUGUAUAUGAAUAUAAAGUGACCUCGAAAAGAGUAUUAAAGCCGCGAACCAAUAACGUUUGAUGAAUAGGAUAAAGGUCUGAAUGACAAUUGAACAUAAAAACCGGAAACUAUAACUUGGCUUCGCUGGCUCAUCAAGAAAUUAGUUCUUCAUUUAUACAUGAGCGAAGCAGCGUGCAUGCGCACGCAUCAUAUUUUUUAUGAAUGUACUUAAAAACGCUGGAUAUCGCGGUUAUUCGUGUUGACGUAUGGGAUACUAGAAGCAAAUGUAGCACAGAGAGAAAGAUUUAAAAAGACAAAUAUUCUAUCCUCCAAAUUCCAAGGAGGUCGUGAUACACGAAACAAUGAUAUAUUGAAGGAGUAAGGCUUGAGGAAGAAUAAAAUUCAUUUCGAUUUUCGAACGUUGGUGUAUGACUUAAAUACGGGAUCUCUAUAAAUAUGUGGACGACGCCUCGGUAACGAAUUUCGCCCUGAAUCUCAAAAGCUAUUUCUAUUGCCGAUCACGAAGGGAAGUCGAAAUAAUAUGUACUGUAUACAUUUAUCAUACAAGUCAAGGCGAUAACUGUUGCGAUUAUUAACCUUUGUUCUUAGCUGUUAGCCUCCGGAACAAAUAUUUCCAAUGAAUAAUUACAAAAUUCCAAGGUGACGAUGAGAUUUUAUCUCAAGAUUUCUCACAGAUCUUAAGGUCAUAACAAUUGUGUUCGACGUUAAUACGUUUAUAAAAAAAGUAUCGAAAAUGAUCAUCCUCACUUCCAAUGGCAUUACUGGAUUCAAGUGAUAAAAUUGUACCGGGAUUGGUAUUGAAAACCUUGAUUACGUUGAAAAAAAUAUCAACAUGUUCUCGAAAGCGCUGAGACUCUUAUAAACGAAAAAAAAAAUUCUUGCCGUUAUUUGGCGGCUUCUUUUUAAAGUUCCAAACACUAUCAUCGGAAGAACAAUUUGUCCCGAAACUUCUGUGAUUUUGCGACAAGUUUGUCAAUAUCUAUGAUGGUAUUGCUAGCUCUCCACCCUGCAUGGACACAUGCAUAAAGAGUCUCCGCGGAGUUUCGUGACAAGUAAAUAAUAAAAUUAUAACGAUUGUAUCUCGAAACGCGCAACCACACGAUCUAUCAGACUUCACUGGACAAAUCUUUUAGAGCUAGUAAUAGCGGAUAUAUAAUGUUUUGUACAGCUAGAUAACUAAGCCAGUAAUGGGUUAUGUGCAACAUUAUAUAGGAUAAAACGCAAAAUAAGAGGGCGGAAAGCAAAGGGGAGGAGGAACAAAAAAUACUAUUGUAAUUUAAAUACCACUACUAAAUUAUUAUUAACAGUAGGUACGUAUUAUUGUAAAUACCUAUGCCUGUAUUGCGUAGAAAGGAGAAGGCGCAAAAGAAAAGAAAAAAAAAUACAAAUGUAUAAGGUUUGAAUGUUGUAUGUAGGCCUGCAGGUAGUAUUUCUGAAAGUCCAAGUAGCGCUACUCGCUAAUUGGCAUAAUUGUUAAGCCACGAUGUAAGAAGAAGAUUCAAAAGGCCGCGAAGACGAGGAAGUGAAGAGGAAAAAAGUAAAAAGAAGUCACUAUAUUUGAGUGUAUCCCUGAUUGAAAAUUCCCUAUGGGUCUCCGCGAUCCGUUAUCCGCGCGAGCGACGUACAUUUAUAUAUGUAUAUAUAUAUAUGAAUUUUCGUCUCCGGAAAAGACCCUGGAGACCCUCUACGAUUCGAAAUCAGAUUGCCUUUGUGGGCUGGUUUUCCACCUACCCAGUAAACGAAGAGAAAGGAUGAAACAACUAAAUGGAAAUAGUUCCAGGAAAAACGUGCGUUCGUACAUUCUCGAAGUAGAGAUUGGUUAUUAGGUUCAAACCACGUUUUCAAUAUUUACACGAUGAGGAUUAAAAAAAUGAAUGAAAAGAACUUAGUAUAAACGAAAGUGAAAAGGAGAGAUUGAGCGAGAUUGAUUUUUAGAGAAAGAGCUAAUGGCGAUAUUAUGACGAUUGUUUGUCAGUUUAAUUGUAAUAUAAAACUAUAUUAUUGUAACCGUAUAGAAUUAUUAUCAUUUUCCUCGACUAUCUGUGCAGUUGUUACAUCGUUGCGGAAAAUGAAAGAUUCCCCGGAAUAAAAACAGGAGAAUACUUAUUCACAAGAAAGUAUAUAGUGAGCGAAAAGAGACAAAAGCAAAGCGAAAUAAAUAAAAAUGCUAUUUGUUAAGAAUCAUUUAACACAGGUUGCCUUUGCCACGAAAAGGAAAAAAAGUUUCAUCAUCGACAUUUUUUUUCACUCUCCUUUCUCUUCCUCUGUUUCUCUCUCUCUCUCUCUCUCUCUGUCUCUCUAUGUUUCUGUCUUUUGUACGCAUAUGUCGAAUGAAAGAUGUAUCUUCGCGGGUAAACACCCAUUGCGUUACUUUUCGUGCAAUGGAUCCUGCAAUUAGUGCAAACAGCGCCGCAAAGCUGUCAAGUAUAAAUGUGGAACAAUGAUGGAGAAAAUAUGAAGGAACAAAUGGAAAAGCUACAAACUCGAAGAGGAAACAAGGACCGCGGUACUCGGUAUAGAGUUGACAUGGUGUCCUGAUAAACUAGCGAGGAGACCCAGGGUUCAACCGAAUGAGAUGGUAUUUCAAUGUAAAGGGAGCGUUUAAAACAAAAACGAAAGAAUAAUUAGUACCAACACCUAUUAUACAUCUCUAUAGUCUAUUUAAUAAUAUUACUUAUUGAAUUAUCAAAAUCAUGUUCACUUUGUUUCAUCGUUUUUAAAUAGUUAAUAAACGUUUUACCAAUUUUACGAAA